AGACGUGUGAAAUUGAAAGCAUUCUAUCCCCACUUUUCCACUAUUCUUUAUUAUUUCUCCAUUUCUACCUUCUAACCUAACUGGUUAGAAACGUCUAGAAAAUCAAUUCUUCGGACCUUCAUCUCAUCUAUAUAUAUGCUCUUCCUUUCCAACACCAAAUAUAUCAAAAUUGAACUAAGCAAAGCAAAGCAAUAAUUCAUUCAUAAUCAUGGCCAGCAUCAAAGUUCAUGGCACCCCUCUCUCCACUGCCUUCCAAAGAGCUGUGGUUUUCCUCCAUGAGAAGGAGGUCGACUACGAAUUCGUCCCCAUCGACAUGCGAGCUGGAGCCCAUAAGCAGGAAUCUUUCAUUUUUCUCAACCCAUUUGGCCAAGUUCCAGCUCUUGAAGAUGGAGAUUUACAGCUCUUUGAAUCAAGGGCAAUUUCGAAGUACAUAGCAGAGGAAUACUCAGAAAAGGGAACGCAAUUGAUACCGUUUGACUCAAAGAAGAAGGCCACUGCAUCAGUUUGGAUGGAGGUGGAAGCCCAUCAAUUCGAACCAGUGUCAUCGAAAUUAGGGUGGGAGAUACUACUCAAGCCCAUGUUUGGGUUGACCACAGACCCGACAGCGGUGGAAGAGAACGAAGCUAAAUUGGUGAAGGUUUUGGAUGUGUAUGAGGAUCGGCUCUCCCAAUCCAAGUACUUGGGUGGCGAUUGCUUCACCUUGGCCGAUCUUCAUCACCUUCCUAACUUGCAGUGCUUGUUGGGAACAAAUCUGAAGAGUCACUUCGAGUCUCGUCCCCGCGUCAAGGCUUGGGUGGAUGAUAUAACUGCAAGGCCAGCUUGGGCUAAGGUUCUUGCCUUGAUCAAACACUAAGCUAGGCUAGACUAGUACUGUGCGGAUUUGGUCAUUGAAUGAAAGUGUUAGCCGGGAAAUUAAUGUACU